AUGAUAAAAAAAGUCGAUGUUAUCACUACCGAUUUUUUGACCCGUGCCAUUGCUAUUCUUUAUAAUACUGGCGAUGAAACAUUCUAUCAUCGAGUUAUCUCUACAAAUUUAUAUGGAGCUAAUGUUCGAGCAAUAAGUGAUAUUAAUAAUGAUAAAAUACCAGAUGUUAUCAUGACAAAUUACUCUCCUGGCGAAAUCGGUGUUUAUUUCAACAUAGGAAAUGGAACAUUUACGAAUGAAACAAUCUUUCCAGAAAGAUUUCUUCCAAUGGAGAUAAAACCACUGGAUAUUAAUGGCGAUGGAAAAAUGGAAAUCAUUACCAUAGGUGAAAAUGGCAGGGAUAGUGUCAUCGCCAUACUAUUAUUUUACUGCUAA